AAGCAUUGCACAGGACUGAACCUGGCUGAUGUUCACCCACUGAGCCACAGCUCUUCCCAUUUCUGUGAGAUAAGUAAACCAGUGCAGGCCUGCUGGAGAUGAAAGGGUUAUGCUCCCUCUCUCAGCUGUAUGUCUAUGCUGGAUCGUUAUCACCACGAAUAGACACAAGCGGAGACUUUGCCCUCUGGGGCUUGCAAGGCGGAGAACAGAUGAGGACAAAUCAUUUCUCAGUCCUUGGAUGGGUUCGGUCGCACCUGUUCAGCGAUCGCUUGUAGGCUUUAUCCCGGAGAUCCAACCAUCACAUGGAAGUGGGAUAGACAGUCAGAAUCCCUCUCCCCUUUCCACCCAUUGGCUAUUCCCGGAAAACAGGGAUCAGGUGCCGAGUGUCCAUAUCAGCAGGCAUGUCCUAUUUAUUACGAAUCUGAGGUGAAGCAAACCCCAAACUGGUUUAGAAGAGAGAACUGCCCGGAAGCUUCUGAAUUUGCAAAUUCCUGCUGUCAGGAUCUUCUUGGCGUCUCCUGCUGGAAGAUGUCCAAAGUGUUCUCCACCAGCCUCCGCUGUCGGUUGCCUGCCUUGCUGUUCCUCUUCCAGGGAGCUGUGCUGGUGAUCUUCAUCCUCUUUGUGACAUACGAUGAGCACACGGACGCCGCCAGCCAGCCUGCUGAUGCUGACCCAUCCGCCAACCAGGUCUAUGCCACCUUCCCCCUCUUCCAGGACAUCCAGCUGAUGCUGUUGGUGGGGCUGGGCCUGCUGCUGGCUUUCAUGAAGGGCUACGGAGUCAGCGCCGUGGCCUGCAACUUCCUGCUGGCCAACUUCUCUACCCAGUGGGCUCUGGUCGUCCAGGGCUUCGUACACUACGGCCAACAUGGGAGAGUCCACCUCGGCCUCUACAACAUCCUCACGGCCGAGUUUGCAGCCGUGACGGUCCUCAUCUCUGCUGGGGCUAUCCUGGGGCGAACAAGCCCCAUCCAGCUUCUUCUCAUGAGCUUGUGCGAAAUCCCUCUCUACGUGGCCUGCGAGUGGCUCAUCGUGAGUUAUUUCCAGGCAGUGGAUGUCGGAGGAACCAUAACCCUCCACGUCUUUGCUUGCUAUUUCGGGCUGGGCACUUCCAUCGCUCUCUACCGGCCGGGAUUGCAGCUGGGGCACCCAAUGGAGACUCCAUCUUACAUCUCCGACCUUCUGUCCUUGGUGGGGACCAUGUUUCUUUGGGUGUUCUGGCCCAGUUUCGUGGCUGUCCUCGCCCACCAAGGAGAUGCUCAGCACAGGGCUGUGCUUCACACGUGGCUUACUCUCAGUGCCAGCGCCCUGACCUCCUUUGCCACCUCCAGCCUCCUGGAGAAGAAGGGGAAACUGAACCUGUGCCACCUGCAGAACGCUACGUUGGCCGGAGGUGUGGCCAUUGGCGCAGUAGCAGACAUGGUCAUUUCACCAGCUGGGGCAUUCACCCUGGGCAUUGUUUCCUCGCUAGCCUGCAUCCUUGGGUUCAAGUACAUGUCACCCUUCUUGGCCACUAGAGUUCGCCUCCAGGACCAGUGUGGAAUCCACAACCUUCACGGCUUACCAGGCCUCAUUGGCGCUGUGGGUGGAAUCAUAGCCAUCUUGUUGGUGCCGGAUGAGGCCUACGGACCUCGCCUUCACCAGGUCUUCCCUCAGCGUGGCCUCCUGCCAUGGAACAUCACUCUGGAGGCAACCUUGGCGGGGGAGAACGUGGGAAGAAGCGCCACGCAGCAAGCUCUCCACCAGGCUGCAGGUCUCGGUGUCUCCAUACUCGUGUCCCUUGUGGGUGGCUACUUCACCGGGUUGGUUUUGAAACUGCCUUUUUUAGCACAGCCGCCUGACCAGCUCUGCUUUGACGACGCUCUUUACUUCAAGAUCCAAGAAUCAACGGAGAACUCAAGUGUGGAGCAGGCUAGAGGGGACCUCCUGGUGCCCCUGAAGGACAAAGCUUGAGGGUCUAUCUGCUUCUGCCUUCAAAGCAGAAAUAAAACAACAGGGCAUCGCUGAGUGGGAGAGUAACUUUUGUCAUGGUUUUCCUGGAGUGCCGUGCUGUCGGGGCUGGAAGAUCUGAAAUAGGACUGUGUCUCCUGCUUGGAGGCAGAUGGGACAAUUGACCCAAACACAGAGGUAGCUUCUGAAGUGAGGGCAGCGAAAAUUCAGCUAAGAAGCUCAAAUCAUAUAUAUGACUGACACCUUUCUUUGGAAAUUAAAUCACUGUCCAGACUUUAACAUUCAAAAACUUUACUUGCAGAAACUUAUAGAUGAAUUACAACAUAAUAUUUACAGUCACAUGCUUCUCCAAGCAUGGGUUUACAGUCUCUUCUUCUAACUUCCAAAACAACUGCAUUUCCCUUUCUUUCCAGAGCUCAGCACUCAGUUUUCUGCAUCUCAGUUAGGCCACGCCGUGCAGCUCCUAUGAAAUAUUUCUGCUUUCACCUUCUCCUGCAGCUUAGCUCUCUUUUCUUCCAAGCAGAGAAUAAGCGCUCCAACACUCUAUUCAACUUAGCAGUGUUCACAGUGGAUUCUAAAACACAGUCAUCUUGCUUCACAUAAAAAGGGAGUCUCUCCUUCACUAGAUACCUCCCAUGUGACCAGUGUUAGCCAAUCACAUGAGAACGUCUAGAGAACUCUCUAGAAUUCAGCUACCAACCCAUCAGAUUCAAACACAUAGUAAUGCAUGCAAGCAUUUACAAUUUCGGUGAAUUAAAUCACAAUACUAAACAGUAGCACAGAGUUGUCAGCUGCUGGGGCAUCUAGGUUGAUUUCCCCUGACCAUUUUAGCAGCUCCAAGAUGAGUUGCUUUGGCCUCCCCUUCUCUUGGACUAGAUAGAAUUACUAGGCCAGGGAUUGGUAGCAGAUACAGGUGGGCAACUUUUAGUUACCGCGGACAUUUUCCUGGACAUUUUUACUGUAUUGGACUUGAAAUUGCAUACACACAUACACACACACCUGCCCAGGUGUUAAGCGCUUUCUCUCGUCCCAUCGACAUCAGAGGCAUGGUUGGUGGUGGGACAAGAGAGAGCCUUGGACCACAUCAGAGAGGCUGAGAAUCUUGUCACCUGGGCAGCCCAGGACCUCCAUCCACACUGCCCAGACUAGUGCCCCAGGGAGCUCAUUUCGGUGCUGCAAAUGCAGGGGUUUGACUUCACCCCUGGAGGCAUACUCCAUUGUAUCUCAAGACAGACGGAUGCCAACAUG